UGCUGAUGGAUGCACUGAGUAUCAGCGUGCUGCAGCAGAUCGAACAUCACCAGGGUAACCAGUCUCAACCAGCCUGCUUCUAUUCACACAAUCACACAGCAUCUGAGCCACAUCUCUGCUGUACAGAUAUCACAAGCUGCCAGUCAGACAUGGUUAAGUUGGGAAGUAAUCUGGCUGAGAAACCAGAGAAGGAGCAGGCAGGGGAAGAUGGAUUUGAUAACAUCCCGCUGAUAACACCUUUGGAUGUGAAUCAACUACACCAGCCAUUUCCUGACAAGUUAAUUGUCAAGACUACAACAGAAUACCAGCUCCAGCAAAAGAAGAAGAGGAAGUUAUAUGUUCCCGGCAUAAAAAAACUGAAUAUAAACCUAUAUGAUGAAGUGUCAGAGAAGGUCAAGCAGCUGACUGGCUUGAUUCUCAUUACAAUGACAUUCCUGGCCUGUCUUCUUAUGCUGGUCAUGUACAAGGCACUGUGGUACGACCAGCUGAGCUGUCCCGAGGGCUUUGUGUUUAAGCACAAGCACUGCACUCCUGCUGCACUGGAGGUGUAUUACUCAGAGCAAGAGACAGGUUCCCGAGGAGGCCUCUACGCAGCUAUCAGCCACUUAAACCAGGCCAAGAAAACCGUGCCAGAGCUGCCGUCACCAUGGUUGCCAGUAAUCAACGCCUUGAAGGAAGCAGAAAAAGCUAAAGAGGAGUCAAGCCGUUCCCAGUAGUAGAACAGAAGUGGGCCAGCUGGAUACGACUGCAUUAUACCCAGCACGUGUAUUGUCAUUUCUAUGAUACUAUUGAGGCGCUAGACAUCAAAAACAACAUAGCUGUAGGAACGGGCUUCAUUCAGAUGCCAUUUUCCCAGAGUACAAACAAUUCAAAAACAGGCAGUGGUAUUUGAAGGUCAUGUUAUUUAAAGGGGAAAGUUGUGAACAUGUGUUUUUUUCUGUUCAGAAUUAGGGGAGGGUAAAUGUGUUGCAUAUGAAAUCCCAGUGGUAGAACAAGUUAUAUUUUAACACUAAAAAUAGUCCCUUGUUUAUAAUAAUAAGAAUAAUUUUUAAGGGCAUUAAAAAAAAAAUAAUAAUCAUGCCAUAUAUAGCAUUCCAUUUGAACUUUAAUAAUUAAUAAUUAAUAAUAUUCCAUAUUAUGAGUUUUCAGCAAAUAGUUUCAUAAUAGUAAUUGAAAAUCUUAAAUAUAUGUAAAUACUGAAGUGUAAUGCUCUGCAUAUUGUGCUUAGAAACACACACAAAACUGCCAUGUAAGCUUUUUUUUUAAAUAAAAAAAUCAAACAAACAAAAAACAUUUUGCAAUUUUAAUGGAUGAAAGCAUCUGCAAAAUAAACUAAUAAUAAUAAUAAUAAUAAUAAUAAUAAUAAUAAUAAUAAUAAUACCAGCUGAAAAGUGCCAUGUCUAAAGAAUGUUCAAAGUAAGUAUUUUAUUAUUAUGGCUGCUAAGAUGAAUGUGUGUGCUUUAUAUUGGUGAAUAAAGGGCAAAUGUAGAUAGCUAAAUAGAUGUCUUUGUGUAUGUGUUCAUUGGCACUGGAACAGAACGUGUGGACACCUAAACCAUUUAGGCAUACAGUACUGAUGACAGAGGUUUGCAGUGUACCUAUGAAACAUCUUAUCAGUGCAUGGUUAAUUAUACAUUGUAUCUAUAAUGCAAUAAGACAAAAUACUAUUUGUAUUCUAGACUAAUAUAAUGCAUUUUAGCAAGUUAGGAAAUUGCAAGUAGGAAGCUACAUUUUUUGGGAUUGUAUAUAACCUGUGCCAUUAUGGAAAUUUGCUACAAGUAAAUUGAUAUUUAGUAGAGUGACUUGCAGAAUUUCGCUUUGUAAUUACUUCUGUUUUGCCUUGGAGGGUUAUUUAAUCAGACACAAUCUAGAGCACAGAUCUCUGUAAUCACUGCAUUACCUACAUUAAUCCCUGAUAUUUCUAGUAUAUCAAAGGAUAGUAGUUGCAGUUAUGACAACAAUAAAAGGCAUUCAUGUGUUAAGCCAUUACACCAGCUUCAACAUUUGUGUUAUUUGAAUUACUACUUAAUACUAGCUAUAUACUGUUAUGUGUUUCUUUGGCUGGUCAAUAGUAGAGAUGUAGUUGACUAUAGGUAUAAUGGAAUUUUGUAUUAGAAAGGUCAAAGAUUUGGAAACAUUUAGCUAAUGCACAUGCUGUUAUUGGUAGUUUGUUUGUGUAUUUAUUUAUUUAUGUAUGUAUGUAUUUAUUUAUUUAUUUAUUUAAUGCAUUAAAAUAAUUAGUUAUAUUGUUUUAAAUGUAAUAUACAGUUGCUUAUAUAAGUUAGUGCAGUAUCUGAUCAUUGUGUUUAUUGGUCUUUGUUUGUUUAGAUUUAUUAUUUAUUAUUACAGAAGUGUACAAUUAUAAAUAGUGUUGUUAAAGUAGGGUUACAUCCUAUUGAUAUAGUUUUCACACUUGUAUAUUAGUGCACUUUCUUGUAUGUAAUUAUUUGACUAAAAACAACUGAUCUCCUGUACCCAAUCUCAUAUGUUCUAUAGUCCACAAUGUUUCAGAAAAGGGUGUUUGGAUUACAAUUGAUGGACUAUGUGCAAUCACUUUUCUUAAAACAUAUUCUUAAAACUGCAAUCCAAGAGCAUUGACAGAUGCGGUCAAAAUAUUCAGGUCCAGACAGAAAGAAAAAAAGCAGACUUGAGAAAAAGAAAAUCACACCAUAUCUGCCACGAGUAUGAGCACAAAGAGAAAGGACUGUACACCAGGCUGUGUGUAAAUACACUAACGAUCCAUUUCAACAUGAAUUUUGCCAAUGAAGGCCUUGGUAUAUUUCUCACAAUAAAUGCAACAUGUACACUUUAAUUUGAACUGUUUAUAUGUUGCUGUUUUUAUGUAUUUUGUUGCCUGAUUAAAAUGCAACGUUGGAUAAGAAACUGCUGCAGGCCACGGUACCUUCGUCAUCACAGUCUUGCGAGUAUGUUAAAUGGUGUAAAUUUGUUGUGACACUCAGCUUAUCACGUUGUGUUUGUAAUUCAGCUCCUGGUUAUUUUUAAUGUGGUACACUAUGUUCAUUUCUCAGCACUUUGUAGCUUUCUGUUAAUUCAAGUAUGUGACCUUUUCACAAUGCAGCAGACACUUUUUGUGUAUAGUACUAAGUGCCAAAGUUAAAUGUUGUGAUCAUCUGCUUUGAUCUUAAUAAGUACAGAAUAAAUUAAUGUUAGCUUUUCUCUUGAAGGAUUUGUUACUGAUUUUUUUUCCCCCUAAUAUAUUUGCUUAUAAACUUGCAGGCAAUGAUUUCAAGUAUUAAAAUGAUACAAUACAAACCUGUUCUUCAUUUCUCAGUAUUGUAUUGUUGUGCUACAGUCUGGGGUCUACACACACUCUGGGGUCUCACAGUGUGGUACACAGAGGGUUAAGUGGGAAUACAAAGCUGUGCCAAAAGUUUUGCAUCACCUGGAAUUUUAGGAUUGAGACCAAAUUAA